AUGCCAGCAGCCGCGCUCCCGUCCCCUUCGGUUGAGCCUCUCCCCACCAAGCAGGAGCUUCUCGAACUGUGCGACACCGUCCGAACCUCUCUUCGCCAAAACAGAAGCCUUGGGCCCAAUGCAGACAGAAUCCAGAGCCUCCUCGAGAGGGCCCUCAAGGAAGAGCUGCGCCACACCCCGAUCCUCGACUUCGAGACUCUGCAGUACGCCCGCCUCGACAAGCUCCUCGCCGACAUCGUCGACCCCGCCAACCGGCCUUCGCCACUACCUCUCCGCUUCCGCGCCGACAUGGCCGUCGCCGAGAGCCUGCAAAAAAUGUGGCGCGCGCGCUUCCGCGACCAAUACUUCGCCAUCGACCAAGUCCGCCAGCGCAGCCUGUCCAUCGGCGGCGAGAUGCGCGACAUUAGCUUUACCGCUACCGGCAAGGACCCCCUCGAGUCCUGGACCGUCCAGGCUAGUUGCCGAGACCCCAUCUCCGAGCUCGAGGUAAACCAGCAGUUCGAGCCUGGCCACUGGUGGCUGAAUCUGGCCUGCGCCCACCGCGACGGCAUCCUCGGCACCGCAGUCGAGAAGCCCACCAAGAGCAAGUACGGCAUCACUGCCCUUCCUCUCCUCACCGGCCGGGAGGAGCACAUCCGCGGAAACCUCUACCGAUACGUCCGCGAGGGUCGCCUGUCCGAUAUGCAUGUCUCCCUCCUCACCCAAGUCGGCACUCAGAUCCGUAUCCUCAGGGGCUACCGCCUCAAGAGCACCCUCGCUCCCCAGGCUGGUGUGCGAUAUGAUGGCCUUUACACCAUUCGCCAGUACGGCAACAAGCUGGACGCCACCACCGACAAGUACCGCCUCGAGCUCCUUCUCGAGCGUGUUAAUGGCCAGAAGGACCUCGAGCAGGUGCAGCAGAUCCCCCGCCCGUCGCAGAUUGACGACUGGCAGGCGUUUAAGAAGGUCGAGGCCGAGAUGGUCCGCCAGCGCAAGGGGGACGACGGCCUGCUCGACUUCAAGAUGCGCAAGGAAGAGGAGCGCAUCGAUCGCGAGCACUGGAGGCGCGCGAGCGAGUUCAAGGCCUCUCUUUGCCAGGAGGGAUGCGGUCUGGGACUCAUCAUGCCUGUGUGA